GUUCUUUUACUGAAACUGUAGAUCGUAUAGAGGAGAGACUACACAGAAGUGAUGAAAUUGAAAAUUCAUCUGAACUUGGUGGUGUGAAAAUGAAUUAUGACGAAGGCACGACGUGGAGCCCAAUCUUAGUGCAAGAACUUUUGGACAAUAUUGAAGAAUGUUCCAAGGAAAAUGACCUUAGCAAGCCAAGAGAUCUUCAAUAUAUGUUAAGUGAUAACAAUUUUUUUCAAUCAAUUUCGACCCCUGUGAACAAAAGUACAGCAGAAAUAUUAUUGAUGGCCUUAAAACACGCAUUAUCGUGUAAGUUGCCCCUGACCAAAUUAUUCAAUUUAUUUGAUUUGAUUAAUCAUAUGUUUAGUCAGCCAAUUUUACCGAGAAGUAAAUAUUACAUUGAUAAAAUUUUUCGGUCUCAAUCGAUAAUUGAAUUUCACGGCAUAUGUCCAAAUUGCCUUACUUACAUAGGUAAAGUUCAGCCCAAUUCACAUGUAAAUUGUAAAUUUUGCGGUACGGAUGUAGACUUAUCACAGCCUUCAUGUGAAAAUUUAUUCAUCAUAAUAGAUCCAUCGGAUAUAAUAGCAAUGCUCAUCGAAGAAAAUAAAGAUUACUAUAAUUAUGUUGUUAAAGAAAGAAGUUAUGAUGGCACUCUUAAACGCAUUUUCGAUGGAAAAUGCUACCGAAAAUUUGUAAAUUCUUUGAAGGAUGACGAAAAAUAUCGAUACUUGACAGCAAUUUUAAAUUCAGACGGAGCUCCUCGAUUUGAGAGUUCGGUCUAUUCUAUUUGGCCUGUAUAUUUAAAAAUAAACGAGCUUCCGUGUGAUUCAACUGGCAAAAAUGUAAUACCAAUCGCAAUGUGGUUUGGUAAACAUAAGCCUCCUAUGCAAGCAUUUUUAGAUCCAAUAGCAGACUUUUUGAUCAAAUUAUCAGAAAAAGGUAUAAGUUGCCAAAUUAAUAACGAAGUAGUGGAAUUGAAAUUGUAUGUAAUUCUUGUAUGCGUGGACUCAGUAGCCCGAGCGCCGAUGCAAGGGUUCAUACAAUUUAAUGGCCACUAUGGGUGCAACCAAUGUUAUCAUCCUGGUGAUUAUUUUGAUCGUUGUGUUCGGUAUCCGAUAAUUUCGACACCGAUACUUUUCAGAGAAAAAGAUGAUACUCUAAAGCAUUUGAGUGAAUUAGUGAAAAAAUCGAAGAAAAAAAUCUAUGGCAUCAAAUCUGUAACACCUUUAAUUAACGUCAGUAGUAUAGAUAUUAUAAAGUCCUUUCCUUCAGAUUACAUGCAUAGCUAUUUGUCCGGUGUAGGUAAACAAGUAGUCGAAUUAUUGCUUCAAUUGCUUUCAAAAGAUGAACUAAUUUUGCUUGAUUCUAUGAUGGAGGCACUGAAAGUCCCUCAUCAAGUAUCGCGUUUAACUCGACCACUGAGUGAGCGUUCUCAAUGGAAAGCCAAAGAGUGGGAAAAUUUUAUCAUACACUAUAGCUUACCAUUGUUUAAAAAAGUUUUUAGUGAAGUAAUGUGUAAUUAUUGGAAACUUUUAGUUGAGAGUCUUUUUAUUUUAUUGAAACACCGAAUAACGUAUGAUGAAUUAAAUCUAGCCGAUCAAAAAUUGCACUUAUUUGUAGAAAGAACUGAAAAAGAGUUUACUAAAUCAGCUAUGACUUCCAACAUUCAUUCACUACUUCAUUUAGCUACCAGCGUUGCAGAUUGGGGUCCUCUUUUUGAUCAUUCUGCAUUUUCAUUUGAAGCAGCGAACCAUGAAAUGUUGCAAGCAAUACAUUGCGCCAAUGGCGUAAAUUUGCAAAUACUGCGCUAUUUAAACAUAAAAAAAGUAACAAAAAUAUUAGAAAAUUGUAUAUAUCCAUUUUCAUCACCGAGUGUCAUUGAUUAUUGUGAGAAAACUGCAAUCACCAGGCAUAGAAAUUCUAUUAAUGUAAACGGUGUUACAUAUUUGGGGCAAGGGUCUAUUCCAUCUGAUCAUAUAAUGAAAUUAUUAAACUUACCUUUUGAUUCUACGUAUAUUUAUUAUCGCGCAAUUAAAGAUGGCUGUUUAUACACAAGUACAACCGAUCGACAGAAACGUUCUUGCAAUAGUUACGCAAAAUUGAAGAAUGGUAAAUUUGUAUAUAUUUUGUAUUUUAUUGUAAACCAUGAAAUGAAUUUACAAUUCUUACGAUGUAAUUUUUUAAAAACAAAUGAAAACAUGAGUAUAUCAAUUUUUAAACUUGAAUCUAACUUUGAAGUAGAAAAAAAAAUAGUUGAUGUUAGCGAACUUGAAUCAAUUUGUACUCAUAUGAAUGUUGAAAAUGAUAAUUAUAUAUCAGAACUGCCCAAUUUAGUACACUAUUAAUGUAAUUUAAUGUAUUUUUUUAUGAUUAUAAAAACGUGAUCUAUAAUUCCAAAUUGUAUGUCUUACUUAAACGUAAAAUAAUGUUAAUGUAAUUCCGUAAAAAUAUGUAAGCUUAUAUUUUGUAUGAUUUAGUACUGAAAUAUUUAAAAAAUAAAUUUACAUUUUCAUGCACAUGUAUAAAUAUAUAUUAUUUUUAUU